AUGGUGGGAACAGUCAUAGUUCCCAUGCCAACCCUUGAAUCUAAGCUUGAGCCUGUUCCUAAUAUGGGAAAUGACGCACUCUCCAGUCAACCUUGUGGAGAAAUUUGCUUGAGAGGGAAUACUUUGUUAGCCGGUUACCACAAACGUCAGAAUCUUACAGAAGAGGUUAUGGAUGAUGGUUGGUUUCAUACAGGAGACAUUGGAGAAUGGCUUCCAAAUGGAGCCAUGAAAAUUAUUGACAGAAAAAAGAUCUUCAAAUUAUCUCAAGGAGAAUACAUUGCUAUCGAGAAUAUCAAAAACAAGUAUUUGCAGUUCCCUCUUAUAACUUUAGAAAAUCUUUUUACUGACACUUUGGUUAAAACCAUGAAGGAACCUCGACGAUGUUGUUUCACGUUACCUGUCGUUGAUUUAAGAAAAAAGGUUGUUGGUAAUGUCAUAUAUAUUAGAGUGAUAUUAACAAAUAAACUUUCUACGAGUUCGUUCAAUCCAUCCUCAAGGCAACAAAAUGAUUCUAUUAUUCAAGAUCCUAGGGGGAGCUAA